GAAGACACCACCACAACCACUGCCGCCACCGCUGCUGCUGCUGCUCCUACAGAGACACACUGCUCACUGUCUGACUGACUGACUGACUGACUGACGGGACCCGGAGCGCUGCCUGGCGACUGUGAGACGUAAAUGGCCACAACAUUUUCCAAAAAGAAGACGAUGCCCGUGAGACAACCUGUAUACCCAAUGCGCCCUGGACAUUAGGCUGACGCGCAUUUGCCGUAGAUUAGACGUUUUUCGCACAACGGAAGUUUCUGUGACCGAUUUUUGGGGGAUCUUGAUUUAUAGGCUGCAGACAUGGACGAGGACAACCAAGUACCUGAGGACCUGUCUUUGGAGGAAAGAGAUGAGCUGUCCAACAUACGACGCAGGAAAAAAGAGCUUCUGGAUGAUAUUGAACGGCUGAAGUUUGAGAUCGCAGAGGUAAUGACUGAGAUCGAGCAGCUAACCUGUGUGGGGGAGAGCAAAACCACGCAAAGAAACAAACAGAUCGCCAUGGGGAGGAAAAAGUUCAACAUGGACCCUAAAAAGGGGAUCCAGUUUCUUUUGGAGAAUGAUCUUCUCCAGAACACCCCAGAGGACAUUUCACAGUUCCUCUACAAAGGCGAGGGGCUCAACAAAACGGUCAUCGGGGACUACUUAGGAGAACGGGAUGACUUUAACAUCAAGGUCCUCCAAGCGUUUGUGGAGCUUCAUGAGUUUGCAGACCUCAACCUUGUACAAGCCUUAAGGCAAUUUCUGUGGAGCUUUAGACUUCCCGGCGAAGCCCAGAAGAUUGAUCGUAUGAUGGAGGCGUUUGCCUCCAGGUACUGCCAAUGCAAUCCCGGCGUCUUCCAGUCCACAGACACUUGCUAUGUCCUAUCAUUUGCCAUCAUUAUGCUGAACACCAGCCUGCACAAUCCCAACGUCAGAGACAAGCCCCCCGUGGAGCGUUUCAUCUCCAUGAACAGAGGGAUCAAUGAGGGGGGAGACCUCCCAGAGGAGCUACUCAGGAAUCUAUACGACAGCAUCAAGAGCGAACCCUUUAAGAUCCCAGAGGAUGAUGGGAAUGACCUGACGCACACGUUCUUCAACCCAGACAGAGAGGGCUGGCUGCUCAAAUUAGGGGGCCGAGUGAAAACCUGGAAGAGAAGGUGGUUCAUUCUGACGGACAACUGCCUCUACUACUUCGAGUACACAACAGACAAGGAGCCUCGUGGGAUCAUCCCACUGGAGAAUCUCAGCAUCAGGGAGGUGGAGGAGCCCAGGAAACCUAACUGUUUUGAGCUCUACAACCCCAAUCAUAAGGGCCAGGUGAUCAAAGCCUGCAAGACGGAGGCAGAUGGGCGUGUUGUCGAGGGGAACCAUGUGGUGUACAGGAUAUCAGCUCCCACGCCAGAGGAGAAGGAAGAGUGGAUUAAAUCCAUCAAGGCCAGCAUUAGCAGAGACCCCUUCUACGACAUGCUGGCCACCAGGAAGAGACGCAUCGCUAACAAGAAGUGAAGAGGGACAAUCUUCUCAACCCCACCCCCCCAUCCUUUUCUCCUUCAGUUCAUGAACACAUAAACUACAUACUACAAAGCUGGUUCAACACAGACGUGACUGUCACCCUCAGAAAAGACUUCAACCCCGAAGACAAACCUCAGUCUCUCUCCUGGACUAUCCACAAAGUCUGUGCACUUGUUGGGGAGACAUCACACACUACUGAGGGGACAGGAGAGCUCCAGGAAACUCAGAUAUGUGGACUUGAUUCUGGCAUGGAGCAGCACAUGAACAACCAACCAAUCAGUUUGUUUCUCCUCCAUCUCAUGCACACCCCCUACCUCCCCCUCUCAUAGUCAUAACAUGUUUCUAGGUCUCCCUAAAGCACAACUGCCAUGUUUCAGGUGCACAUGCAUGUGCAUGUGGGUUAUUAUAGACCA